AUGGGCCAGGGACCAUCACACGACGUCGCUGAGCUGGAGACGAGAGUCGAGGAUCCCCAGGACGGCCGUCGCCCAGAGGGUCUUGCACUCAUAGCUCACGGGAGACUCGGAGGUUCAUUCGACCAGGCCCCCGUCCGCCUCCUGGCCGAGUAUUUCCGCAAUCAGCGACAUCUGAGGGUGGUAACAUGGAAUGCUCGUGGAAACGGGCACAGUGCCGGUGGCAAUGAGUGGGCAAACUUUGGCAACUGGCAGGGUGAUGCGUAUGUCGAUGAUUAUCAGCGCAUGCUUCGGGACGCCAUGAGCAGAUAUGCCCAAGACUUCCCCGAUGCUGAGCACGCCCAACUCUUCAUUUGUUCAUCCGACCUCAUGACAGGCUACUCUGCCGGCGCAAUCUUUGCAGGCUGUGCCCGUCCACCGCGGUCUUCUACGCAGUUCGCAGCCCCCCGCUACAUCCUGAUCUCGUAUCCCGUUGAACUCAACCCAAUCAUGGCAGUCUUCAAGACGGGUUCAUACUUCCGAUCGGUCGAGGCACUGGUGCAAGGUUAUAUGGUUGGGAAAACUUGGCCGCCGAGUUCGAUAGUAAAGAGCCGGCCGGAAGUGGCGGGUGUACUCACUAUAAGUGCUGAAUAUGACACCAAGCUCUUUUAUAGUGUCUGGACAGGUACUCUCUGGAGCAAGAACGCGCGGGGAAACUUGUGGCAUGUUGUCGUCGAGGGUGCUGGUCAUGCGUGGAACGAAAAGGCACAUUGUAUCGUCGAGGAAGUGGACAAAUGGCUCACUGGCUGA